AUGAAGAAAGAAGAUAUUACUCGAGGACUUGGAAUCAGUCACAAGGUGGAUUCUGCUACUCACGCAGGAAAUAAAGUUUUACCAAUUACUGAGGCCACAUUGUCAACCUCGACUAACACAAAUGACCAAAGUCAAAGUGGCUCGUCGGAUCACAAAGAUAGGCUUAAAGGGGAUAAAAGCAAAACUAUGUCAAGAAUGAAGGAGCUAUUGAGAUGGGCUGCGGCUGCAAAAUCAGAGAAGGGAGGAAAGUUUAUUGGUCGAAAGGUUCUACAAUUCCGGAAUCGUGGAAGCUUAAAAGCAGUACCAGAUGAUGAUCAACUGAGCAACGAUUCUCCUAAGAUCAGUUUCAGGUGGGAUGUGGAAAGUUGUUGCACCACUUCCUCUGCAUACUCAGCAAUGUCUAUGCCUGCCUCAUAUAAAAUUAAUGACCAAACGAUCAACAUUACAUCAUCAAUUUCAACUCCUAUUCAAGACAAGGAUCACAACACUCCUAGGAAAGGAAAUUGGAUAACCACAGACUCUGAAUUUGUGGUGCUAGAGCUAUGA